AACAGAAACCAACGGCAAGCAACUAAUUUAAAUAGGCACUAAAAUAGGACCAUUAAUCAGGAAAAUUAAAUGCCAAAAGAGACACAAAAUAGCGCAGUACAGUGAUCUAAAUGAAGCAGAAUGUCCAGAAACCGGUUGUCUUUUAAUAGAUUUUGAUUUUUUGUAUCAUUUGAAGAAGACCCAACUAUUAGAUGAGAAAAAAAAACCCCAAAAAAGGGGUGUAUCAUCAAGUGUCAAGAAGCAUCUGCCAAAAUAAUUUCCCCAGUCUGAAAGUCAGGAAUUCCAAUUUGCGAACAAAUGUAAAGUUUUUGUUUUGGGUUUUUUUUCGCUCUUCGGUUUAAUUCCUAAAAGUAUUUUAUUCAAUUGUUUUCUGUGCUGUUAAGUGGCACUUGGAAGUUGGAAGUUGCCUGGCGGGUUUCUGCGAUCCAAUCGCAGAAUAUCAAACCGGCGUUUGGAGAUCUGCGAUCUGAGAUCCGAGAUCUGACCCCACCUGCAGUCUGCACUUGGAGCUGACCAAGAAAGGAGAUCCCCACCCGAUCUUCUCCGAAAUCAUUUUAUUGCAAAUAUGAACUGCAUAUCCGCGAAUAUGUAUCUGCACUUUGUGGUUUUCUUACAAUUUUCGCUACUAGCAGUUGAAGCCACUCCAGCCAUAAACCCACUGUCGCAGCGUGGAAUUAUCUUCCCCAAGGAGUGCUUCGACGAAUGCUUCACCGAUGACUCCCUGAGGACCAAAGGCAACUGUCGUCGCAUGGAGGAGUGCCCAUCGGCGAUGAAGAGAUGGAUCGAGAAGCGGGAAUCCCCCAAGACCUGCUACUUUGUCAAAUUCGAUCACUAUGUGUGCUGUGAACAGGAAAUCUCCACAACUCCCCCAGAAACUCCACCUCCCACAGCGAAACCCUAUACGGCAGCCCCACUGAUCAAGCGAAGAAGUCAGGAAGCUUGCGAAAGUUACAUGGAGCCUCUGAAAGAGAACGACAUAGCCCUGGUGAUUCAGGUUGUUGGCGGAACGGCUACCCGGUACAGAGAAUUCCCCUUCAUGGCGGCCCUCGGAUGGAGAUCCAAUUUUGAUGACAAGACCAUAUACUAUCGGUGUGGUGGUGCAUUGAUCUCGGAGAGAUUCGUCCUAACGGCAGCUCACUGUAUCGACUUUGGCGGGGAUCCCCCCAAUCAGGUCCGUUUGGGCGGCGACAACUUGACCCUGACUGAGGGCGAGGAUCUGCGGAUCCGACGGGUUAUCCUCCAUCCUGAGUACGACUCCAGUACGGACUACAAUGACAUCGCUCUGCUGGAACUGGAAACCCCGGCCAAGUCGAAGCUGAAGCCCGUGUGCCUUUGGCAACAGCCGGAGUUGACCAACUCCCAGGUUACGGCCAUCGGUUAUGGCCAGACAAGCUUCGCCGGUCUCUCCUCCGCCCAGCUGCUGAAGGUGCGGCUCCAGCAGGUCUCCAAUGACAUCUGCCAGUUCCACUAUUCCUCGGAGCAGCUAUCCCGUGGGCUGCUAGACAGUCAGAUGUGCGCUGGUGACGAUUCCGGGGAGCGGGACACUUGCCAGGGCGACUCCGGGGGGCCGCUGAUCAUGCGGCAAGGGCUCGUGAGCUACGUGGUGGGCAUCACAUCCCACGGCCAGGGAUGCGCCAGUGGUCCGCCGACGGUCUACACCAGAGUGUACAGCUUCCUGGACUGGAUCGAGGGGCAUGUGUGGCCUCAGAAACCGCAAAAUCUCCAAGAUCCCUCGAAGGCGCCUACCUCUCCGGAAUUCGAUUUGAGGGUGAUGAUAUGAGUGCCUCUAAUAAUAAAUAUAAAAUAUUAAAAAUUACAUAAUAAAUAUUUAAAAACAUGAAACUUACCAUUUAAGAUACUCCAGUUAAUAAAAUAUAUAUUUAUUUUAAAA